AUACGCGCAUCGCGGAAACGCCCCUUCCCCUACUCGGCACACGCUUCAAAGCCUCGAUACGGAACGUCACAUCACUAUUUUUUUCUUCAUUUUCUCUUUUUACAUACCAGAAUCAUGCAGCUCUGCGGUGUGUGCAGCGAUGAGACAUCAAAAUACACGUGUCCCCGCUGCAAAAUAAGAUACUGUUCACUUGGUUGUUACAAGAGACAUAAAGACACCUGCCUUCCUGUUGAGCAGCCUACACCCACUGUUCAUCAAGCGAAGGGUGCUGUGAGUACUGAGCCUUGGCCUGUUGAGGAUCUUCUGAAUGAAGACAACAUAACUGACAAAGUGCCUCUGCAAAGGCUCCAACUGUUAGGUCAGUCCAAAGAGCUCAGGGAUCUUCUUUGCAACCCCCAUCUGAGACAGUUAUUACGCUCCAUUGACAGUGCAGACAGCAAAGAGGAUGCAAUGAAGGCUGCGAUGCAGGAGCCUCUGUUUGUCGAGUUUUCAGAUCAGUGUUUGAAAAUUGUAGAACAUGAAGCUGAUAUGUAAACUCAUGACUGUAUUAGAUUAGCUUAUCUAUUAUAUCUUUUGAUUACAUUUUUGUAAAUAUGGCAGGUACUUGGGGGCAACUGUGGUUCAGUGGGUAGAGCAGUCAUCUCCCAACAGGAGGGUUGGUGGUUGGGAUCAUGGUGCCUGCAGUCCACAUGUCAGUGUCCUUGGGCAAGACACUCAACCCCCAAGUUGCCCCCAAUGGUUAGAGCCAUCGUUGUGAGUUGAAAAGUGAUUAUCCUUAUUACUUAACAUGUCUGAAUAGACCACACGUGCUACAUGUCAUGUAGUUAAUUGUCAUUUUUCCUGACUUCCUGUCCUUUGUCUUGUUUUGUUAGAUUAUGUAUACAGUGUUCAAAUAAAUGUUGAAAUUUUUUAAAAUGUCUGUUCCUAAGUUAACAAUAAGCAAUUUACAGUGUAGUACAAAUCAAAUGUCUCAAAACAUGCAGGCAAAAUCUGAGUAGAGUGAAAGUUGGACAAUUUUAUAACAAUUUCAGUAUAGCAGCCAAUUUAAUAUUGAUAGUUCGAGUUCUUGUAUAUGGACCUCUUGGUAUCAGUGACAGAAAAAUAAAAACAGACUCAACAAAGCACAUUGACCCUGACACAAUUGCCUGAACCUACA